AAUUUAUUCAUACUAUUCCCCUCCUUCCACAGAGGCAAGAAAAAUGUUGCUGCGGCCUCUGAAAACAGUACCCCUGUUGAGCAUGAGCCCGUGUCUAUCAGCUGCGCCCCUUCUGCUAUGCCUCCUGCUUCAGCCAGCCUGUUUCCUGCUGCCGCUGCUGCUUCUCACGCUGCCGCCCAUCGGACGACGCAGCUGCCAGCUUCAGCUGCUUCCGUGGCCUACGACUCCACCUCGUCCUCUUGCCAAAGAGGCCCCGGCCAAGCAUACACCUCAGCCCCAGCUUCCCACGGCCCAGCUGUUUACUCAAGCUACAGUGAAGCCGCGGUGCCUGCUUCAAAGCCAAGAGUUGUGACCACUGCGAGCAUAAAGCCCUCGGUCUAUCAGCCAGCUCCAGCACCAGCCCCACCAUCAAUGUCCACACAUACCUAUACUUCAAGCCAAGCUGAGCCUGCAAGUCGCCCACCCUGGAUCACAGAUGACUCAUUCUCCCAAAAAUUUGCUCCUGGAAAAAGUACAACCACCAUCACUAAGCACAUUCUGCCAAAGGGUGCUCCGGUGCCCCCAUCUUCAGCCCCACCUCCCUCAAUUCCUGCGUCUGUCCAAGCUCCUGCUAUUGCCCGGGGGACAAUCCAAAGAGCAGAACGUUUCCCAGCCAGUAGCCGGACUCCACUCUGUGGGCACUGUAACAGCAUCAUCAGGGGGCCCUUCUUGGUAGCCAUGGGUCGCUCUUGGCAUCCUGAGGAAUUCAACUGUGCUUACUGCAAGACCUCUCUGGCCGAUGUGGGCUUUGUGGAAGAACAGAACAGUGUCUACUGCGAACGCUGCUACGAGCAGUUCUUUGCCCCAACCUGCGCUAGAUGCCAUACUAAGAUCAUGGGGGAGGUGAUGCACGCUUUGCGUCAAACUUGGCACACCACUUGCUUUGUUUGUGCUGCCUGUCGGAAACCGUUUGGAAAUAGCCUCUUCCACAUGGAGGACGGAGAGCCCUACUGUGAGAAAGACUACGUUGCCUUGUUCAGCACCAAAUGUCAUGGAUGCGACUUCCCUGUGGAGGCUGGGGACAAGUUCAUUGAAGCCCUGGGUCACACCUGGCAUGACACCUGCUUCAUUUGUGCUGUGUGCCAUGUGAAUUUGGAAGGUCAACCAUUUUAUUCGAAGAAAGAUAAGCCAUUGUGCAAGAAGCACGCUCAUGCCAUCAAUGUCUAAAGAAAGACCUGGAAGUUAAUAAUGAAGUGAAAAGUUUGGGGGUUGAUUCAACAAAUAAAAUAGAGAUAACUAUGGAUUUCUGAUGAUAGGGAGGGGGAAUGGGAGAUCAUGAAUUAUGGACGCUUCUAAUUAUGCUUUUGUAUGUGCAGAUCUGUCUCUUGCACACAAAAGAGUGAACGAAUAUUCAUAGUUUGACAGUCAACUUUGGCUGCAAAUGCCUGAGCAAAAUGAACAAAAAGGGGAGGGGGGAUAGUUUCUAUGUAAGCAUACUGGCUAGGAGAGGCUUAGCCUAGUAAAACCCAUUAGUGUUAAAAAAUAAAUAGAAUCCUCUCUUAGUAUUAUAACACAGCUCAAAAAUGCCAAAUUACCACGGUAGCAUAAUGUUUUAGAGUCAUAGUCUAUUGUGAUGAGUCAAUUAAGUAUUCCUCACCAAGCCAACCGAGAUAUAUUCCAUUGUUUUGUGUUGUGACUCUUCUUCACACUAUUUAGAUACGGGAUAACUUUUAGAUUAAAAAAUUUAGGCCACAUAGAAUGAACUAAAAACACCCCACAGACUGUUCCAAUCAAAGCUUGAAUCCAAACGCAACUGAAGUCCCCUCUGCAUUUCUCCGUAGUGACCCAGUUCCUUUGUAUAUAGGUGUGGGUUUCCUGCAUAAAAAUUGUGCUCUUUCCAAGCUGGUAAACUUUGGUGAUAAAAUCAGUCACAUCCUGAAUCUUCUCAUCAAGAAUGCAGUGGCAAUUGUGAAUGGCUCUUGUCUCAUUCACACAUUUACUACAUCCCCCUAGAGGAGAGCUGUUAGAACAUGAUUCUCAAAGGACUCUGGAUGUGUGUGGACCUCUGGCUUGUGACAGUUGGUAGGAGAGUUGGGGAAAAUGAAGCAACAGAGAAUGUAUUGCAUGGAAGAGUAAAGCGUUAACUCAGAGUAUCAGUUUUCCUCCAAUUGCCAGUAUGUAAGGAAAGAGAAAGUGUUGUGAUGUAUUUUCAGUAUGCCGUUGACACCUCACUAUCAAGCCAACUGACUUAGGGGGAAUAACUCAUGUAAGAAACCUCUUUGAGGGUGAGGCUCUCCAACUUGGUUGAGACUACUUGCAACAAAUGGUAGAAGCUGUAGCCUUUGGAUAUCUGGAAGACAACACUUUGCUCUUCAUUUCUGACUCUUUGUAGUCUGAUGCAGGGUUCCUCAACCUUGGCGACUUGAAGAUGUGUGCAUGAACUCCCAGAAUUCCCCAGCUGGGGAAUUCUGGGAGUUGAAGUCCACACAUCUUCAAGUCGCCAGGGUUGAGGAACCGUGGUCUGAUGGACAAGCAUUUGCCUGGAUGAUCCAUCAGUAAGUCCUUCUCUGAGCUCUUGUAAGCUCUUGCUUGCAAUAUCAGUGAUAGGAAAGGCGGUAAUUUCUUUUUGCUGAUGAUUAGGAAAGUCUACAAAAGGAGAAAGAGGCGGUGGGGAAUAUCCAGAUACUCUUAUUUCUUUGCUUUCAAGAAUGUGAUAUUUUGUUUGGCUAAAGUUGGUGCCCUUCACUGGACAGACCUUGAACAAGAGACUUGCGAUUCUUUAAAGACGGUGUCUCUGAAGCGUGGUUGUGUUAGCUGCUACAAGGAAAGGAAGCCUGUGGAACCUAGAGUAGUUUUCAUUUCUUUCUUUCUUUUUUUUAAAUGUUUUUGAACAAAUGCUAUUUAGGAUUUCUGCAAGUAUUUACCUAUUGAAGCUUUUGUACACUUGUGGUGGGCAGUGUGUAUUUAUUCUGCAUAGCAUCUGGAUACUUAAUCCUUUAGCAUCAGGUAAUUGUUUUGAAGCCACUGGCUCGUAUUUGCUCAGAUAAGCACCCUAAAUUUAGACAUAGGAGGAUUCACUCUGUGUCAACAGCGUCAGGAGCUCAUUUGAACAAACAACACUGUCAUAAAGAUAAAAUCAUUUACUCCAGAGGAGGCCCCAUGUAUAUGCUCCAUCACGUAGCUCCAGCAUGAAAGCUUAUAAUUCCUUAUUUAUAACAGUUUAUAAUAUUUGUUAUUCAUUUUAAACAAGAGAGAAGAAAAACAGUUUGAUCCUAAUCAUGUUUAUCAUCUGAGCUCCAUUGACUGGAAUUCCUAUUUCCUUAGGGCUAAAAUCUAAAAUGAGAGCUGCGCUAGAGUCCGUUACGCCUUCUCAAAAGUUUUAUUUUAAGAUCCCCUUGGAUCCCCUGAAAGAAUAAGAUAUGCUUUACCGUUUAACUGGAAUUAACUGGAUUUUAAAAUGCUUAACCAUGACUGGAUCCAGUUCCUCAUCAACUGUUUUCUGCAAAGAACAGAACCCACGCUAAAAUAUUUAUUUUUCUAGCGCCAUAUAUAACAUUUGUUCCUUCCAAUUCAGUCCCUGUUUUGGAUAGUUAAGCAAAUCUGACAUCUAUGUCAGACGCCGGGAUAGCACUUUAAUUCUUGUAUCUUGUGAACGCACAACUGUGUGAUUCGGAAUGAUUCUUAAAAGAAUCUGUAGCAUUUCGAUCAAACUUUUUAUUUCUAUUUUUUCUGAGAGAUGCGCUUUCAUUCUUUACAUUUCCGAGCGAGUGACUUAGCGAAAAACAGAAUAGCCGGUGACAGCUUCCUAUAAUCUGAGAAGUCAACAAGGCACAGAGAUAGAUUCUAAUUCACAUUAACUUUGGCUGGCAAAUUCCACCAGUAACCCAAGAGGGAGUCCCAUUUAUGGCUUCCAGCAGAAUGAAGCUCACCCUCAGCUGUGGGUCAUGUGCCCUCUGCGCAAAGAUAGCACCAACAUUAUUCCUUCAGGCGUGGCAUUAAGCCAUAAACGGGACUUGCUUUAGUCUGAUUCAUCUCAUGGUGAGAUGAACCUGGUCAUUGUGGUUGUUCCACUCUGAUUUAUUCAGCAAGACAUAGUUAAAGAGCAGUGUUGAACCCAUCCAUCUCAUGAACUUUAGGGACUAUUCUGGUGCUGCAGAUACGGUAUGGUUAUCAUCUCCUUUUGGCUAGAUCUACUGCUAAUACUCAGAUGAUUAAACUUGCAAGAAGAGCAAGAAGAUGCCACGCUCUGUAACAGCUCGGCCAUCUUUAAGUGGCAAACACCCCCAAACAGUAUCCCCUUGACUUGGACAGUUUCUAAGCACCGUUCUAAAGAAAGAAAUCCAUGAUUUAAAGAUCUUACGUCAUACAUCUUCCCUGCCAGAGUAUGAAAAAAAAAUAGCAUUCUCAAAAUCAGGGCAGAAGGUCUUGUAGCCCAUGAACUGCUUCAUAUGAGGUCUCUAAUCAGUUUAGCCACUUCAUAUGCAAGAGGGCUGUAGGACAGGGUGGUUGCUCUUUGAGACCCGGCUGCUUAGUAUAUUUAUUUAGGAUCAAAUUUUAUUUGAGCGGAAUCUCAUACAUCUAUCCUGUUACAAACAUUUUUUUAAAAAAUACGGGAUAGGAGUCAUAGACGAGUAGUAAAAUAAUUGUUCUACAAGAGGAAAAAACACGGGUGGGGGGACCUACGAAGUUUAUCCGUGUACUAUCUUUAUGACAGGUAACAAUUACCUUUGAUUAUGCUAAACUCAUCUUGUUAUUCUUUGGCUCCGCCAGAAAUAAUGAUGGUGAUUUUUGCCUUUUUCUUCCUAAUACUGCACCUGUGAAUGACCAAAUCAUAAAACGUGCAUAUUAAAAUGUUCAGAGGAUUUGAUAGAUUAUAUCAAUGACAUCCAACCAAAUGUUGGGCUAGAUUAGUUUUUAAUCAUACUAAGAAGGAAAAAAUCCAUUGAAAUCCAGUGAGUUAUGAUUUUAAUGGAUACUCUGAAACAGGAUCCAAUUUACCGUAGCUCAUAUCGUGUUUAAAGCCGAAAUGGGCAGAAAACCGUUGAAAACUUUUGGGGUAUAAUCCAGAUCCUAUUGAAUUCUGUGACAAAACUUUGAUUAAUUUACGGCUGGCCUUUUGUCUUCUAUUUGCCUUAAGGGCAAUACAUUUUGCUUAAGUGCUAAUUCAGAAAGGAAGUCUACCAAAACCAAUUGAUCAGUGCAAUCUAAAAAUAUCUAUCUAUCUAUCUAUCUAUCUAUCUAUCUAUCUAUCUAUCUAUCUAUCCAUCCAUCCAUCUAUCCAUCCAUGAGCAAAAUGAAAUAAAUUUGGUCCUUCAUUGGUCAGUAACUCGGGUGAUACACUCUCUGUAUACCUUUCUCUGUAUCCAGUAAUAUCAGUGCUAAAACACAAAAUAAAAAUAAUGUUGGGACUCAGGUAAAUAGGAAGUCCCCAUAAUAGAUGCAUUUUUUUUUUAAUGAAGUUAUUAACAUGUGAGACUGCGUGAUUGUUCUCUGCAGCACUCACGCUAGGCCUCUGGGUUUUUUUUUCUUUUUUUUAACAUAUAUGGAAAUAUUGAUACGAUACCACAAGUGACCUUACUUUUAAAUAAGGUUUGAAUACGAUCACCCAGGCUUUUUUUUCCCCAGCUGUUCAACAUAAAGUGUGUUUAUUCAUGAAGUGUGAGUUGAUAUAUCUUGCAUGGAUUAUCUGUGCUGACACUAAUAAACUAUUUUUUAAAAGUA